AUGGACCACAUCGUCAAGAACAAGGGUAAACUCAACUACUGUGUCCGAUGGAGCAGUACUAAAACGCUCUCCAAGACCGUGGCUUCCAAGUUCAAAGCCAUGCUUGAGCGUCAGUACGCAGCGUGGAACCACUGGCUUAUCGGCUACGACUGCUGGUCUUUUAACGAGAUCAAGAUCAACAUCGUUGGCUUCGCUGUGAAGGAGGCGUCGCUGCUUGAUUGGUCAGACGAUUCUCUUGGCGCGAUUACGAGCUGUUACCGAUUCUACGACAAUGGUGCCGGCUCAUGGUCCGACACCAGUUCGUGCAAGGGCGAGCCGUUCGAUAUUUCCUUGUGGCCGAAGCAAGGUCUCGAAGGCGGCUUUGGCUAUGACUGGGGUCAGGAGGUGAAUCUGGAGAAUAUGCUACAGACUAUUGACGAGGAACAACUUGUCAUCGUGGCCCACGAAAUCGGCCACGGUUUCGGACUUCCUGACUUUUACGAGGAAGCGGAUAAGCCCAAUGACUACGACGGCUGGAUGCUGCGUCGUGUCCUCGAGCACUUGAAGCCUCGCUAUAACUUUUAA